GAACGGCUCGGCUCCAUCGUUGUCAAUAAGGCGCGAUUGAAGUCCUGAACGCAUUCAUACGAUCAUAAUAUAACUCCCAUCCUUCAAAUUCAUUCGCCGAUCGAUAUCGAGCAUCAAGAUGGCGGAUGAAAGAUGCCAAAAUCCAGCUCAAAUCCUCAUUUCUUCUUCGUCUUCCGGAUCAGAUCAAUCGGAAACGUCAGGAUCGGAAUACGAAUUCGACGGAGACGCCGUAGAUACCUUGUCCUCCACCUCAAGAGAAAGCGACUCUGAAAACGAAGAAAGUGAAUGGAAUGAGACGGAUGAUGAAAGAGACGAGUCUUCUGAGUCCGAAGAAGUCAAAGAAGAAGAGAAUGAUCACCAUUUGUGCAGAGUUAUGCGUCUCCUUCGAGGGAAGGGUGAUUUGCAAGAUUUAAAGUUGGUGGAGUGUAAAGCAUAUUUGAGAAAGAAUGGGUUAAGAUUGUCAGGAACUAAAGAUGAGUGUAUAGAGAGGAUCAUGGAGCACCGGAGAUAUCCCAUCUAUGUUCUUUCACUUCUGUUGAUCAGGAUUAAAGACGGGAAGGGUGAAACAUUCUAUCCCAGAUCAUCAUUCAAUAUCAACUGUACUGGUGAUGUUUGCAAAGGAGACGUUGUAUUGUUCACACAAAAAGUGUACAAGAAGUAUUCACCAUUCUUCUCUCAUGUAGUUUAAAUUUUUGAUUACUAGAUUGGAAAUAUCCAAGUUUAGAAUGGACUUUAAAAUGAAAGUUGCAUUUCAAUACAAAGGAGGCAGCUUCAUAUUCACCAUUACUGUCAAUGCAACUGCCGGAUGUACGCAGCCAUACCUUUGUCUAAAACAUAGAGUGGCUUUUCCAGAAGUCCAAUGCCGAGUGCCGAAAGUUGCAUUGACAGUUUAAAAAGUCAUUUUGUUUUAUGAUCAUCAAUACCCCAAAGCCAAAAAAUUGUAAACCUUUGG